AUGCAACGGGCCUGUGCACGCCCGGGGGAGAUUUUGGGAUAUAUAAACAUAUUGCGGGCGGAGAAUAGUUUCGCACAGCGGCCAGGUUCUCGUUCAAGACUAUUUCCUUUUUCUCUCCCAAUUAUUACUCCCCUGAGCUGUCAGUUCAAAAAUGAGAACCUCGCAUCUUCUUAGCCAAGCGCUCGGCCUUCUUGCGCUGGGCGCGACAGUGGAAGGCUUCAACCGCGACCGAAACCAAGCCUGCGGGCCUCACAAGCCCUUCCAGCCUCUGCCCACGAGCAAGUCCAGAAGCAAGACUUGCCAUGUUCGCACUCAUGGGGACGGAUCCGACGAUUCGGCAUAUAUUCUUUCUGCCAUCAAGCAAUGCAACAAUGGAGGAAAGGUUGUCUUCGACGCCGACAAGGAAUACAUCAUCGGCACGGCGUUGGAUCUCACUUUCCUGAAGCACAUUGAUCUUGAUAUCGAGGGAACCAUCCAAUUCACCAACGAUACCGAUUACUGGCAAGCGAAUGCUUUCCAACAGGUCUUCCAAAAUGCAACGACCUUCUUCCAGCUCGGUGGUGAGGACGUGAACGUUUAUGGAGGCGGCACUCUGGACGGUAAUGGUCAAGUCUGGUACGAUCUGUACGCAGAGGACGCUCUUAUCCUCCGCCCUAUUCUGUUUGGCAUUAUUGGUCUGAAUGGGGGUACCAUUGGCCCGCUGAACCUGCGCUAUUCCCCACAAUGGUACAACCUCAUCGCCAACUCGACAAACGUUCUCUAUGAUGGCAUCAACAUCUCUGGAUAUUCCAAGAACCCGUCCGUGACUGCUAAGAACACGGAUGGAUGGGACACUUACCGGUCCUCGAACAUCGUGAUUCAAAACUCUGUGAUCAACAAUGGCGAUGACUGCGUUUCCUUCAAACCGAACAGCACUGACAUCCUGGUGCAAAACCUCCACUGCAACGGCUCGCACGGUAUCUCCGUGGGCUCUCUCGGACAAUACCUGGGCGAAGUGGACAUUGUACAGGACAUUCUCGUGUACAACAUCUCCAUGUACAAUGCCUCGGACAUGGCUCGCAUCAAGGUCUGGCCCGGUGUCUCGUCCGCUCUCUCCGAGGACCUCCAGGGUGGCGGUGGCAGCGGUCGCGUGCAGAAUGUUACCUAUGACACCGCCUACAUCGACAAUGUCGACUGGGCGAUCGAAGUGACCCAAUGCUACGGACAGAGCAACCUGACUCUGUGCAACGAAUACCCGAGCAGUCUCACCAUCUCCGACGUCUGGUUCAAGAACUUCCGCGGCAAGACCUCUGGAAAGGAGAAUCCUUAUGUCGGAACCCUGGUUUGCUCGAGCCCCGAGGUGUGCUCGAACAUCUACACCGACAAUAUCAACGUCGUCAGCCCCAAGGGCACCAACGACUUUGUCUGCAAUAACGUGGAUACCUCGGACUUGAGCGUCAACUGCACGGCGACUUCGAGCUAGAUGACCCGAGCUUGUUUGAGGAAUUGUAUAUAUUGGACCCGUUUGAUAGCUAAAAGAGCAAGAAAGCUGUAUGCUGAAUGAAU